AUGCGUUUAAUGCUUUCCAAAGCUGCAUUGAUUGUGGCAGCCAGUCUUGCUACCGUUACUGCUAUUCCUGAGAUUGUUGUAAAGGGCUCGAAGUUCUUUGCUGGUGAUGAACAAUUUUAUAUUAAAGGUUUUGCAUUCCAAGGCACUGGCAAUGAUCCUCUUGUCAAUAUAACUCAAUGCACAUUCGACAUGGGCCUCAUGAAAUUGUUCGGUACAAACUCUGUCCGUGUCUACCAUGUUGAUCCGACAAAAGACCACACCGCGUGCAUGAAUGUUCUUGAGAAUGCUGGCAUCUACCUUUGGGUCGAUCUAGAUACAUUCGAUACAGCGCUCCACUCCAUAGACCCAGCUUGGACACUUGACCAAUUCCAAAAGUAUGCCAAGGUCAUGGAUGCAUUUCAAAGAUUCCCAAAUACUGCAGGUUUUUUCAUCGGCAACGAAGUUAUCAAUUCGAACUAUAAUUCCAAUGCUGCUCCAUAUAUUAAAGCUGCUACUGCCGAUAUGAGAGCUUACCGUGAUAAAAUGGGUUAUCGAAAGAUCCCAAUUGGUUACUCUGCCGCUGAUAUUGCUGAGCUACGACCUCAAUUGCAAAAUUAUCUUGCUUGUGGUGAUCCAAAGACUACCAUCGAGUUCUUUGGUCUUAAUUCUUAUGAAUGGUGCGGUAAUUCUACCUAUGAUAGUUCGGGUUAUCAUAACCUGCAAAACAUGGCUGAGAAUUACACCAUUCCAAUCUUCUUUUCCGAGACUGGUUGUAUCGUCCCUAGACCAAGAACUUUCGGUGAUCAAUUAGUCAUUUUCGGGCCUCAAAUGUCAGGAACUUGGUCUGGCGCGAUUAUUUAUGAGUGGGUCAACGAAGGAAACGACUAUGGAGUUGUUGAUUACAAGAACACUGAAUAUGGUGGACCUCCGAUUCCUAUGGAUCCUGAGUUUACCACUUUGAGAAACAUUUGGAAAUCAGCUAUUCCAAUGGAAGUCAAAAAAUCAGAUUACAAUCCAAACAAGCCAACACCGGCUUGCCCGCCUAGUGUGGAAGGAGCCUGGAAAGUCAAUGGUGAUGAACCUCUUCCCACGUUGGGAGCUGCCACAUUGAAGAAUGUUGUAAGUAUGAAGAAACGCCGGACUUCUAUGCACGCGAUACAUCCACACGUCUUUUGGGGUGGUAAGAACGGUCCAACAGAACCAAAGUCCACUAGUUUGAAGAUUGAAGUAGGUGUGCAGAGUGGCGUUUUGGGACUAUUUAUGAUUGUGGUUGUUACUUUCUUUUCUAUGUGA